AUGUCGAACACCCCUUAUAACUCAUCGGCGCCUUCUAUUGCGUCCAUGACCCACUCCUCUGUGUCAAGGAGCCCCAACAUGCACACGGUGACCACCCCCGGCACCAACACCAGCUCGAACUCGCCACCGUCUCUACAUAUGUCUUCGGAGUCAUCCAAGACCAAAAGGAAGCGCAACAGAAUCCCGCUCAGUUGCACCAUUUGUCGGAAAAGAAAGGUCAAGUGUGACAAGUUCAGGCCCCACUGCCAGCAGUGCACCAAGACCGGCGUGGCCCAUCUCUGCCACUACAUGGAGCAGACUUGGGCGGAGGAGGCGGAAAAGGAGCUUUUGAAAGACAAUGAGUUGAAAAAGUUGAGAGAGCGCGUCAAGUCCCUAGAGAAAACUCUGUCCAAGGUCCACUCCUCGCCCUCUUCCAACUCUUUGAAGAGCUACAACACUCCCGAGAGCAGCAAUUUGUUCAUGGGCAAUGACGAGAACUCCACCCUCGUCAACACCAACGGCUCCGUUUCAUCUGCCUCCCACAUGCAACAGCAACAGCAACAGCAACAGCAACAACUACUUCAUCAACACCAGAGCCAGCAUCAGCAGGACUUCGUCAAGAACGCAAACGCUAACUCUUCGUCUCUCUCCAUCUCUAACAAAUACGAUAACGACGAGCUCGACCUGACCAAGGACUUCGAUCUUUUGCACAUCAAGAGCAACGGUACCAUUCAUCUGGGUGCCACCCACUGGUUGUCCAUCAUGAAAGGUGACCCGUACCUGAAACUUCUAUGGGGCCACAUCUUUGCCAUGAGGGAAAAGCUGAAUGAAUGGUACUUCCAGAAAAAUUCAUAUUCCAAGCUGAAAUCAAGCAAGUGUCCCAUCACUCACGCGCAAGCGCCCCCCUCCGCUGCUGCGGCUGUUGCUGCUGCUGCUGCCACCAGAACGUGUCCAGUUGAUCAUACCAUGUUUGCAUCCGGAAUGGUGGCCCCCAAGGAGGAGAGUCCUGCACCCAGGAAAUGUCCCGUUGACCACACCAUGUUCCCUUCGGGAAUGGUGCCCCCCAGGGAGGAAACUCCUGUCCAGAAGAGAUGUCCCGUUGACCACACCAUGUUUUCGGCAGGAAUGAUGCCCCCCAAAGAGGAGAUCCCCUCCCCAUACUCAACGAGACCCGUGAUUGACCACAACAAUAGGCAUUCGAUGAACCCACCUCAAUCGAAGUGUCCCGUGGACCAUAGGAACUUCAUGAAGGACCCUUCUGCCGAUAUGGCAAAUCUUCCUCCUAACCCCGCUGGUCGCUGCCCCGUUGACCACUCAGGCAUGAAAAACACCGCUUUACCAUCAUCUCACAAUGCCAACCCACACCACCAACACCAACCUCAACCUCAAUCUCGUUCUCAUUCUCACUCUCAUCAAAGGAUGAAACUGGAUAGCUUCAUGACAGAAGCUGAAGUACUCGCAACACUUUGUGAAAUGUUGCCUCCUAAACGUGUCAUCGCGUUGUUCAUCGAAAAAUUCUUCAAGCACCUAUACCCUGCCAUUCCAAUCUUAGACGAACAGAACUUCAAAAACCACGUGAACCAAAUGCUUUCACUGUCAUCGAUGAAUCAUGCCAUCAACAACUUCGGCAUGGGCAUGCCAUCUUCCUCCGCUUUGGAAAAUCAGCCCAUCACCCAAAUCAACCUCCCAAAACUCUCCGACUCUUGCAACCUAGGUAUCCUGAUAAUAAUCUUGAGAUUAACUUGGUUAUCCAUACCCUCCAACUCGUGCGAAGUCGACUUGGGCGAAGAGAGCGGCUCAUUCUUAGUGCCCAACGAGUCAAGCAACAUGUCCGCAUCUGCACUGACCUCAAUGGCCAAGGAGGAAUCUCUUCUGCUAAGACACGAAACACCGGUGGAGGCUUUGGAAUUAUGUCAAAAACACCUGAUCAAAUUCGACGAACUAUCUAGUAUUUCCAACAACAACGUCAAUUUGACCACGGUGCAAUUUGCCAUUUUUUACAACUUUUACAUGAAAAGUGCCUCCAACGACUUGACUACUUUGACAAAUACCAACAACACUGGUAUGGCAAACCCUGGGCACGAUUCCGAAUCUCAUCAGAUUCUAUUGUCAAACAUCACACAGAUGGCCUUCAGUUGCGGGUUACACAGAGAUCCUGAUAACUUUCCUCAAUUAAACGCCACCAUUCCAGUAACUAGUCAGGAUGUAUCCAAUAACGGCAACAAGAAGACAAAUGUCAACACGAAUGCCAAUCUGAAUAACAGCACGUCCGCUAAUACCGCCAAUGCCAAUAGCAGAUCCGGUAGCGCUGACUCAAGAAGUGGCUCUAACCCUGCAAACAAAAAGGAAAAUCAGGUCAGCAUUGAAAGAUUUAAACACACCUGGAGAAAGAUCUGGUAUUAUAUCGUUAGUAUGGAUGUCAACCAAUCUCUUUCAUUGGGGAGCCCUCGGUUAUUGAGAAAUUUGAGAGAUUUCAGUGACACUAAAUUACCAAGCGCUUCCAGAAUCGAUUACGUUCGCGAUAUUAAGGAAUUGAUUAUUGUGAAGAAUUUCACCCUUUUCUUUCAAAUUGAUUUGUGUAUCAUUGCUGUUUUGAAUCACAUUUUAAAUGUUUCAUUAGCAAGAAGCGUAAGAAAAUUCGAAUUGGAUUCAUUGAUUAAUUUGUUGAAAAACCUAACCUACGGUACGGAGAACGUCAAUGAUGUAGUGAGCUCCUUGAUCAACAAGGGCUUAUUGCCCACUUCAGAAGGCGGCUCUGUAGAUUCAAAUAAUGACGAGAUAUACGGUCUACCAAAACUACCCGAUAUUCUAAAUCACGGUCAAAAUAAUCAGAAUUUGUACCCGGAUGGUAGUAACAGAAGUGUUUCUAGUAGCGAUAUAGAUAAAAAAUUGGAUUUGCCUCAUGAAUCUACAACCAGAGCAUUGUUUUUCUCCAAGCACAUGACUAUCAGAAUGUUAUUAUACCUACUAAACUACAUUUUGUUUACUCAUUAUGAACCCAUGGGUAGUGAAGAUCCUGGUACCAAUAUCUUAGCUAAGGAAUACGCUCAAGAGGCAUUGAACUUCGCCAUGGAUGGUUAUAGGAACUGUAUGAUUUUCUUCAAUAAUAUUAGGAAUACUAAUUCAUUAUUCGACUACAUGAAUGUUAUUUUAUCUUACCCCUCUCUAGACAUUGGACACCGUUCGCUACAAUUCAUUGUUUGUCUGAUUUUAAGAGCCAAAUGUGGUCCACUGACUGGUAUGCGUGAAUCGUCGAUUAUAACCAACGGCACAUCAAGUGGAUUCAACAGUUCUGUUGAAGAUGAAGAUGUCAAGGUUAAACAAGAAUCAUCCGACUAUUUGAAAAAAGACGAUUUCAUGAAGGAUGUCAAUUUAGACUCCGGCGAUUCAUUAGCAGAAAUUUUAACUUCAAGAAUGCUGUUAUUUCAAAAAUUAACGAAACAACUAUCCAAGAAAUACAAUUAUGCUAUUCGUAUGAACAAAUCUACUGGAUUUUUUGUUUCUUUGUUAGAUACACCUUCCAAGAAAGCAGAUUCCAAAUCGGGCAACGGUGCUUUUAUGUUGGGCAAUUGGAAGCAUCCAAAGGUUUCGAACAUGAGUGGAUUUCUUGCUGGUGAUAAGGAUCAAUUACAAAGAUGCCCUGUGUAUCAAGAUGCACUAGGGUUUGCUAGCCCGACUUCCGGUGCUAACGAAAGUUCUGCUCCAAUUCAAGGUUUAACUAUGCAAGGUCCCAACGGUAGGAUGGGAGGGACUCAGUUACCCCCAAUCAGAUCAUAUAAGCCUAUCACUUAUACCAGUAGUAAUUUACGUCGUAUGAAUGAAACUGGAGAGGCAGAAGCCAAGAGAAGAAGAUACAAUGACAGUUAUGUUGAAAGCAACAAUGAUAUAGCUAGAGCAGUAAGCCCAAAACCUGCAAGUGGAUUCUCUUCGGUGCAACCACUCUUGUCAUCGUUCUCCAUGAACCAACUAAACGGAAACGCUAUUCCAACGGUACCAUCACUUUCUAAUAUCACUUCUCAUAUGGGUGCACUACCUUCGUUAGAUAGAAUUACCACGAGUCAAAUGAAUCUGCCGGAUCCAUCCAGAGAUGAAGCAUUUGACACCUCCAUAAAGCAAAUGACACCUAUGACAAGUGCGUUUAUGAAUGCGAAUUCUGUAAUGUCAAACUCAACUCUAAAUGGAAACGUAAAUAUGAAUGGUGCUGGUACUGUGAAUACAGACACGAGUGUUAAUGGUAGUGCUUUGUCGACUUUGACAAGCCCACAAGGUUCAGAUCUGGCAUCUAAUUCUGCAACACAGUAUAAACCGGAUUUAGAAGAUUUCUUGAUGCAGAACUCUAAUUUUAAUGGAUUAAUGAUAAAUCCUUCAAGUUUAGUAGAAGUUGUUGGUGGAUACAAUGACCCUAAUAACCUUGGAAGGAACGAUGCUGUUGAUUUCCUACCCGUUGAUAACGUUGAAAUUGAUGGACUAGUUGAUUUUUAUAGAGCAGAUUUCCCAAUUUGGGAAUGA